AUGAAAUUUUUAAUCCUCGGUUUUUGUCUAACGAUCGCAAGUGCACAAUUCAUAUGCCCGCCCAAGGACGACCAAUAUCCAGACGAGAUACAAUGCGACAAAUUCUACGAAUGCAAAGACGGCCAAGCCAAAACUAAACUAUGCCCAGAUGGACUGGUGUUCAAUCCAGAAAUCAGGAAAAGGAACAAAUGCGACCAGCCCUUCAACGUCGAUUGCGGCGACAGAACGGAAUUACAACCGCCGCAACCGAAAGGCGUCUGUCCGCGCCAGAACGGCUUCUUCGCCCACGAGAACCCCAAGAUCUGCAACAGGUUCUACAAUUGCAUCCACGGCGAGCACAUCGAGGUGACCUGCACGGCGGGGCUCUACUUCGACGAGUACUCGGGCAUCUGCGUGUGGCCGGAGAGCUCCGAGAGGACCGGUUGCGACGUCAGCAACAAUCAAUUGACGGACGGUUUCAGUUGCCCCACGGAGAGCCAGAAGGACAACAACGGGAACCUGGUGAUCCAUCCGAAGUUCGCCCAUCCGUCGGAUUGCCAGAAGUUCUACGUUUGCUUGAACGGCAUCGAAGCUAGAGAAUUGGGUUGUCAAGUCGGAGAGGUUUAUAACGAGGAGUUGCAAAAGUGCGAUGCGCCGGAAAACGUGCAAGGAUGCGAGGAUUGGUACAUGAGCGAACCGCCGCCGUCGCCGCCGAAGGCGACGAAAAAAUCCUAA